AUGGACAAUUCACAAUUACCGCUCCCAAAAGCACAUUGGAGGAGCUACCAAACGCCCACCAAACCAGCGGCCAAGUUGCUAGAGGAAAUAGUGGCAGAUGGUGGUUCACACAGCAGCAGAUCUUCGUCUGAUUCCUUUGUAUUUCUCAACCCUCCAAUUCCUCGUAAACGAACUCCACCAUUCCCUCCUCUUCCUUUCCACCCUCCCGUAUUCAAUUUCGAUGGCAUCACACGAGAAUCUACCCCUCCACUACCACCUCUACCUGAGGGAGUGCAGCCUGCCUCGCCUGUGGUAGGCGACGAUGACGUCACUUUGGACAGGAAAAGACUUGAAUCGCAGACAUCAAAAGAAUCGAAAAGAUCGGCUGCGAGCGAGCAUCUCGUUGCGACUGGGACGUCGCCGACUAACUCCCAUACCGGACGGCAUCACCACCACCAAUCCCGCACACACGGACGGGCAAGGUCUGCGUCCGAAUCAAUAUCAAGCUUGCUGGUUGUGACCACGGAAAGAUUAACGAGGGAGACGGCGCGAGCCAAUGAAGCAGAGAGAAAUGCCGCAGAACUGCUAGCGCUAUUCAAGACGACUCACGAGGCCAAGGUGAGGCUAGAGAGGGACUUGGAUCGGGUAAGGCAGGAGCUGGGAUUGUACAAAAUUCAGCUAGACAUGGCCCAGAAAGAGAUUUUUCGUGCCCAAGAAAUUGUUGACAAGAUUGAACGGCAGCGGGAAAAUGCAGAGGAGGAUGCGGCGCGAGCAAGGAGUAAAAUGCAUAAGCUAAUGGAGGCUAGAGCUAUCGAACAGGCUAUGGAGGAAGGGAGAAGGAUGGGCUUCGAGGAAGGGUUGAGACAAGGACGCUUUGUUAAACCAAUGAGGGAGGAUCGCGAAAGCCGACGAACUAAAGCACAUGGUGACCGCGUAUCCAGGUACACCUACCCCGAAGAAGAGCCACAAAGCUCUGGUUCGUCGGGGUCUGCUAAACAGGAGCGUUCCGCGCCCAGACCUUCAACACCACCAAAACCUCCCACUGUUCAUAAAACAGACCAGGCUCCUCGUAAACCCAUUAUACAACCGAGGCCUGGAACCUCGAAUGAUCCACCUCCCAUCCACCCUCAUGGAACUCCUCCCGAUACCGGAACCUUCAGUAAUCUUCUACCUCGUCCGACUAUUACUACACCAAUGCCUUUGAAUAUUCCGCCUACACAACCUCAGCCGGCCCCUCCAAUGCCAGAUCACCAACACAUCUCAGUCAAGCCUGAAGAACGCCGUUCUGGUAGAGUUUCUGCUCAGUCCCAGCCUUCGGCGGACGUUAACGGCCCUAUCCAUCCCAAACCUGUUUGGAACCACAGUCCCAGUGUUUUCCAUGAACGAAUCAAGCUACCACCUGAUAACUAUAUUCCAACAAUGGAUGCAAAUUCUGUGAUCACUCUUCCACCGCCACACGAACUGAGCUACCCAGUCGCACCAGAGGGAGCUUCCACGCGUGAUAAUCCAGCUACCCGUCCUCGAUCAGGAAGUCGCCCUGAAGUAUCUCAAAGGACUGCCGAUAGAGACACCAUCCGAACGCGAGACUAUGCUUAUCCAUCAAAGGCUCCAUCUGGAGAUGAUGCAACUGCUGCUAGUGCCAAUGAUCAGGCCAGGCGGUAUGCGUUCCAAUCUCGUGCCACAUCAGCAUUGUCCCGAGGCUCGACACAUUUGUCUGAUCUUGACCUUCUCACUACACCUCGAGAUGUUCACUACAGAAGCCAGAGAUAUAUGGUCGCCGACAAUGCUUCUGAAGUAUACCCAAGAAGGGAUACCCCAGCUGUUGACCAAUCCCCUACGCAAAGAAUUGCGGAAGAAUGGAGAAGUGCAAAUCGCCAAUAUCUUGACCCCCAACCGCCGAUAGUAAUACCUCCACCUCGAUAUCAAACUCCUGGACCUCGCAACGUAGAUCCACCAAAGAGGCCAUUCUCGGUAACAAACAACACUAGACCUCGGGCGCCGAGACGACCCAGGGAGAUUGUGAUGCCCGCUCCCUUAGCAGAUGUCGUCAUGAAUAUACCACAUGCUCCGCCAACGCAAGAGCCUUUUCUAGGCGACGAACUUUCACCGCCUCAUAAUCCAAUGAGAAGCACUUCAUCAAAUACAGUUCCUGGGAUUGAGGUUGUGACUCCGUCUACGCACGCAUCUUCCAGAUUAUCUGAAGGAACUGUCCUCGAUCCUGUACUAUUAACGCCGCAAAGUGCAAAUCGACCGCUUCCCCUCCCAGGCCAAACAGACCAAAGCGGACAAGGACAAGGUUACAGACGUGAGCAUAACCAGGGGGUAUUAUCAUUGAAUGUACCAAGUAACUCCCAGCCAGCUGAGUCCAGCCCUCUCAGUCCCAUAUCCGGCAUGCCUAAUCUCAAACAGUACCCGCCUGGGUUCGCUCCGAGUUUGCCCAAAGAUCAUGAUGCCACAUCUCCAGAUUACAAGUAUCCGUCAUCCCCAUUGUUACGUCCAACAUAA